AUGGGCGAAUGGCAUCAAUCCACAGGAAUAUACCGUACCCCUCCUUUAGCAGAUCUAUCAAAACAAACCAUUGCAAAUACUAUCGAAGAGAAAAGGGAAACCUUCGCCAACAACCUACUGACAAACCUAGCCGAGGUUGACGACAUCCCGUUCGAUACCCCUACAGCCCCAAGCAGAUCUAUCACCUUCCCUGAUAUAGCUAUACAAGAUAUAGAGCUGGCCAUUUUAAAAGCAGGGAACACAGCACCUAGUGCAGACGAAAUCCCAACAAAAAUCCUACAAGUCGCAUGGCUACAAAUAAAAGAAGUAACCCUAUCCCUUUUCAAAGACUGUCUACAUUUAGGACACCACCCAAAAUGCUUUCGAUUAGCUACCAUCGUAAUCAUCCCUAAACCCAACAAGUCAGAUUAUACCAACCCAAGAUCAUACCGACCAAUUGCCUUGCUCUCGGUCCUAGGCAAAGGCCUCGAAAGACUCAUUGCGAAGAAGGUAUCAUGGCUUGCUCUAAACUACCAAGUCCUAGCGAAUCAGCAGCUCGGAGCCCUACCCUUGCGAUCCUCAGUGGACCUCACCACUUGCGUUACACAUGACAUUGAGGCAUCCUUAAAACAAGGGUUAAAGACCACCCUGCUCACAAUGGAUGUAAAAGGUGCUUUUGACGCAGUGCUACCAGGAAGACUAGUGAAUCGCCUUCGGGAACAAGGAUGGCCAAACAACCUGGUUAGAUGGGUUCAGUCCUUCGCCACUAAUCGAUCCAUCAAGAUCCGACUAGACGGCGAGACUGGCCCGGAAACAAAGCUAGAAUGCGGUCUUCCUCAAGGUUCACCGAUCUCCCCGAUCCUGUUCAUGCUCUACAUCGCGCCUCUCUUCUGGAUGGGCAAACCACAGAGCAGAUUCGGAUAUGCAGACGAUAUCGCGAUACUAGCGACAUCAAACUCACUACAGACAAACUGCGAUUCUCUAAAAAUGGAUAUGCAAGAAACUCUCGAAUGGGGAAAAACCGAAGGUAUCACUUUUGACCCCAAGAAAUCUGAGCUUAUACACUUCUAUAAAGGACACCGAACACUAACGGAUACCCUUGCAAUACACACCGGAUCUAUGAAUAUAGAGGUCAAACCUGGCCCGCUCAAAUGGCUCGGAGUCCACUUCGAUAGGAAACUAUGCUUCAAACCACAUGUCCAGAUCCUCGCAGCCAAAGCCCUCAAGGGAGCCAACGCACUGAGAUCCCUCAGCAAUACACACCGAGGGAUACCCCCAUAUCUCACCAGGAAAGUGGCUGAAGCCUGCAUACUCAAAAAGUGCUAUUUCGCCUCGGAAACGUGGUGGCCAGGCCGAACCAGAACAAAGAAGAAUGCCCUAAACAACCCGAUCUCGAUCUCAAAUGUAGUGGACAGCCAUCUAAGCUUACUCAACAAAGUGGUAAUCACCUGUACAAGGGCAAUCCUCCCAGUAUACAAAACCACAAACACAGCAGUACUCUACGAGGAAGCCAAACUCAGACCAUCCGAGAUCGAGCUAAACCUGAUUUCACAAUUAUAUGCGGCACGAACCACCAGACUAGACCUUUACCAUCCUCUCAGGAUCAGAGCAGAGAACAUAACCAAAGCCAGAGAAUAUAACCGCACCCCAGAUACAAGAUUCGCAAGGCUCAUCACAGCAUUACCGGAGACUGAACACAUAAACCCCUUGGCCUUCCCACCCUGGGAAAUCAGAGAGUCGAGGGCAGAGGCCGAGGCCCGCAUCAAUGGUCCGAUGGGCAGAACGAAGGCACAAGCAGCCGAAGACUUCAAAGCCUUCCACGCCAAGAUCCCAAGAAGCGAUAUACAAAUCUUCUCGGAUGGCUCAAAAAGUGAAAGCAAGGAUGGCGCAACUGGGGGCGGAUUCGUAAUCUCACAAUUCGAUAUUCAGAUAGCACACCAUUCUUUCUCAUUAGGCACAAAUGCAGAAGUGUUCGAUGCAGAAGCCACAGCCGCAGUAGCAGGGGCAGCAAAAGCCCUCACUCUAGCAUCAACCAAACUGGCCACAGAUCUCUGGAUCUUCUUAGACAACCACGAGGAUGCUCUCCGAUUAGGAUCCCACUUCAAUGGUUCCUCACAGAGAGUCUUUGAAGACUUUCUGAAGCUCACACAAGCUUGGGCUGUUAGACCAAGGCUCCCACACACCUCCCCCGGGAAAAUCCGCGUCCGAUGGGUCCCAGGGCACCUGGAUAUCCCUGGCAACGAAAUAGCUGACAAAGCCGCUAAGGAAGGAACAAAACUCCCCUUUCCCCUCAACCCGAUCUGUACGCUAGCAUCCCUAAAAAGAAUGAUCAGAACAAGGGCCAACAAAGCAGACGAACAAUUAUGGAAUACAGUCAGCCCACAAUACUACAAAGAUCUCCAAUUCAACCACACUUCUAAUACAGACACCCUCUCUCUGAAGAGAGCCACACUCCACCAUAUUCUCGCUAUCAGAUCACAGCAUAGCGACUUCGCAGCAUACCAUGAACACUUCAAUCACACUAUAGCCCACGUCCAUUGCUCGUGCAAUAAAAGGAAAACUCCAUUACACUUUUUCUUUUGCAAAAAAGGAAAAGCCUUCAAAGCGCUCACAAAGAGCCCCCCCUUCGAAGCUAUCCCCUGGCUUCUAAGAAAUCCCACCGGUAUAGCCAAACUAGCCGAAUGGCUAGAAUACACCAAGUUCUACACAAAAAUCUGCCCGUGGCACACAGGUGCAAGAUAA